AUACUGUUCCUAAGCUGAGAGGAGGUGAGGAGUAUAUAAGGGCUGUUCAAGGCUCAGACUGAUCUUUACAGCCUGCAAGGAAACCUACACAGAACUGUCUAACUUUAUUGACUCCUCACAAAUCACCCAAACGUCAUUGGGAGAAAUACUGGAAACUUUUAACACAGAGUUAAUUGAUUGCAGAACUAUGGGUAAAAUGUUCUGGGUGGUGUCAGUCUGUCUGUUCCAGCUGGUGGUCUACACAGCAGCCCAGACCGGUGGGCUCGUGGUUCAGUCAGUGCCACCGGUGAUUGGGGGAGACAUGGUUAAGACCAAACUGAAGGAGAUUGUGUCUCUGACCUGUGAGUCAGCGGCCAGGGAAGAAGCCGCUAUGGAGCUAGAGUGGCUAAGGAACGGGGUGCAGGUGAGCCUGGCGGAGGGUAACAAGUUGGGCCGCAGCAGCCUCUGUGUCAGCCCUGUCACCCUGAAAGACCAUGCAGCCAUCUUUACCUGCCAGCUGAAGGGUGAUGCCAGUGUCAAUGCCUCAGUCACUCUGGAUAUCACAUAUGCCCCAGGGCUUUCCGGGUCGGAGGAGGUGUCCGUGGAAGAGGAGGCAGAGCUUGCACUGGAGUGCAAUGUCCAUGCCAAUCCCGUUGUCUCUGUGUCAUGGCAACAGCAUGGAAAAGCACUCGACCUAUCAGGAGGCAAAUUUGUGGUGACCAAUGAUGGCUACAAGUCCCGUCUAACCGUGCUCCGAGUGGACAGAAGUAUGCACCAGGGCACCUAUGUAUGUGUGACAUCAUCCGACGUCCACGGAACCCAGAGCCAGACCUUCAAUGUCACCGUCACAGAUAAGACGAUAAAGUUUCCUCUGAUGCCAAUGAUAGCAGGGCUGGUGGUGGUGUUCUGCACCAUCCUGCUUGCUGUGGUGUCCCGUUGGAAGAAGAUCACACAGUGCUGCAAGUAGAGAAGGUACCCUUUGAACUGUCCAGGUCUCUAACCCUGUCCAAUCAACAUUGGGGAUAUGGUUUGGUGUUUGCUGUUUGACAGCAGCUUGUAUCUAGUACCUAAGUAUCCACAGGUUAUCUGGACUGUACCAUUCGUACUGUGUCUCUUUCUAAUUGAUUAGAUCUGGCAUUGUCAUUAAAUACUUGAUGAGAGAAGGAUGUAUUUCUUAAUCUCUACCUUGACGUGCUUGACCAUUUCAUAUGUUUGUUGGUGUUGUUAAUUUGAUAUUGUAUUUAUUUCUUCAGCUAGUCUACUAGUUCAAAUGGUUCUAUAUAUCAACAAUAUUAGUGUAGAAAAAAAAGGUCCUAUAGGUAGAACUAUUUAUUUUAGAGUUAAUUUGGGGAUACUAGAAUCGAAUGAUGUGUGUGCAAAAACGUGUAUGUGAAGGGUGGCAUGAUUACCUACAUUUAGUAGGUGAUUUUGUUA